CGGCGCAGGAAGUUUUGCCCAUAUAAUGCCCCCACCGUCUCAGAGGCGCAGCUGCCAAGCGCUCCAUCUGAGCUGAGCACAUACAACUAACUAGUCUACUCAUGCGGUUUCACGUAUUGCUCGCUGUGCUAUGGCUCACCCCAGCGACAAUGCUCCCCGCCUUUGGGGCCCUCCCACAGCCUAGCAGCAACUGCAAGAGAAAAUGCGGCCAAGUAGAUAUCCCUUACCCGUUCGGCAUCGGGCCUGACGACUCGCCUGACCACUGCGCCUUGCCCGGCUUCAACCUGAGCUGCGACGACGCCAGCCUCAAGCCAUUUUAUUAUAAUGUGGAGGUACAGAGCAUCUCACUGCUGAAAGGUCAGGCACGGAUGUUCAACCAAAUCUCCUCUUUUUGCUACAACCCCAAAUCUCAGAACAUGGAACCAGAUACCUGGCAGUUGAACUUCACCGACACGCCCUACAGAAUCUCCGACACCGACAAUAAGUUCACAGUCAUCGGAUGCCGAACACUGGCGUACAUCAGCGACGAUGAAGACAAGGGAAAGUUCAUGAGUGGGUGCGUGGCCAUGUGCCGGCGUGGCAAUGUGACGACCCUGACCAACGGCUCCUGCUCCGGGAUAGGCUGCUGCCAGACGGCCAUUCCCGAGGGGCUGCAGUACUACAAAGUCAGGUUUGACACAAACUUCAACACGUUGGAUAUCUACAACGUCAGCACCUGCAGCUACGCAGUGCUGAUGGACCGGACUAAUUUCACCUUUCAAACGAGCUACGUGACUUCGUCGGAGUUCAACAGUACCAACAGAGGGAGAGCUCCGAUUGUUCUGGAUUGGGCUGUUGGAAAUGAGACCUGCGAGGUUGCUAUCAAGCAGGACUCGUACGCGUGUGUCAGCACCCACAGCAAGUGCUUCAACUCGUCCAACGGACCAGGCUACAUCUGCAAAUGCUCCGAAGGGUUCGACGGCAAUCCUUACCUGCAGGAUCCAGAGGAGGGAUGCAGAGAUAUUGACGAGUGCAAGGAUCCGAAUAACUACCCAUGCCACGGAACUUGUAACAAUACAGAAGGCGGGUUUCAGUGUUUUUGUCCUACUGGUACCCGAGGCAAUGCGUCUAGUGGACCAUGCGUUAAAGUGACAACCAAAGAAGUACGGGUAGCUAUAGGAAUUUUCAGCACUAUGUUCUUUGGCCUUAUUAUUUUUCUUGGGGUAGUAUGGACCAAGCAGAAACGGCAGAUUAUAAGACAAGAUUUGAUCAGAAAAAGGGAUGCAUAUUUUCGUCAGCAUGGAGGACAACUGUUAAUUGAUAUGAUGAAAAUUGAGAACAACAUUUCAUUUAAGUUGUAUAGCCGAGAAGACAUAGAGUUGGCAACAAACAACUUCGAUGACAAGGAAGUCAUUGGCGAGGGAGGUCAGGGGACUGUUUUCAAAGGGUAUAAUCUUGAUCCAGGCAACGAUCCAGUUGCAAUAAAGAGAUGCAAGGGAUUCGACAAGAAUAGGAUGACAGAAUUCGGACAGGAGCUGCUCAUACUUUCUCGAGUCACACACAAAAACAUUGUCAAACUUCUUGGUUGCAGCUUGCACUUUGAAGCUCCAGUUCUAGUGUACGAAUUUGUGCCAAAUAAAACUCUACACCAUCUAAUCCAUCUCCAGGAUGAGGCCUCCAUCAGAACACUGCAGAUCCGUCUGAAAAUUGCCGCCGAGUCUGCUGACGCACUUGCAUACCUACAUACACUUAACCACCCAAUCUUUCAUGGGGAUGUGAAGUCUGCCAACAUUCUUUUAGGCCACGAUCUUUCUGCUAAGGUCUCUGAUUUUGGGUGCUCGCUGAUACGGUCAGCUGAAGAAAACCUUCAAGUAGUUAAGGGUACAAUGGGCUACUUGGAUCCAGAGUACCUAUUAAACUUUGAGCUCACUGAAAAGAGCGAUGUUUACAGCUUUGGUGUUGUUCUUCUGGAACUCCUAACACGCAGGAAGGCACUAUCCAAAGAGAAGGAGACCCUGGUGUCUGUGUUCAAGGAAGCGUCGAAGGAGGGCAACCUUUGGGAGGUUGUGGACAGGGAGAUAGCCGACCAAGACAACAUGGAGCUUAUAUGUCAAGUGGCGGAGCUGGCAGGUCAGUGCUUGGCUAUGACUGGUGCGCGCAGGCCAACGAUGAGCCAGGUGGCAGUGGAACUCCGUCAAAUUGCAAGUACGGCACGACAGCGUACUGGAGAACUUCAUGGUGUUAGCCCACUCACAUUGCAGGGAAGGCCAGCUACUGAUACAUCGGAUGGCUAUACCGGGGAAGAAACCACUCAGUACUACAGCCUUAAGAAGAAAGCCUCGAUGAGCAUAGAAUUUGCAAGAUGAAAUUAAUAUGCCCAUUUAUUGCCGUGUCACGGAUCGAAUAAAUUUUCAUCUAUAUCUUGUUUCGAUAUUUUAAAGAUAUUCUAAUUCAGUUUGUUAUAACACAUGCCCCUGAUAUGAAAUGUAAGCUAUUGUACAUUUGGAGCUUGA